UUUCUAUUUUUUGUCCUCUUUUUCUGCAGCUGCUGCCUGUCACUCUCUCUCUUAAGGCUUUGGCAGAAGGUCGGUGGGUAAAAGGACGUCACACUUCUCAGCAGCAGUCAGCCAUGAAGCUUCAGCCUGCAGCUCUGGGCCCCUUGUUCCUGCUCGCUCUGCUCUCGUCUGGGUGCUGGGGCAGAAACGAGGAGGAGCGUCUGAUCAACCACCUGUUUAAAGAGAGAGGAUACAACAAAGAGCUGCGUCCUGCCGAGAAGCAGCAGGACGCCGUUGAUGUUUAUCUCGCACUUACACUCUCUAACCUCAUCUCUCUGAAAGAGGUUGACGAGACGCUGCUGACUAACGUAUGGAUCGAUCAUACGUGGUACGACUACCGGCUGUCGUGGAAUGUGUCAGAGUUUGAUGGCAUCGCGACGCUUCGUCUCCCGCCCAGCAUGAUGUGGCUGCCAGAGAUCGUGCUGGAAAACAAUAACGAUGCCCAGUUUGAGGUAGCCUACUACAGUAACGUUCUGGUGUAUCCUGACGGUCUCUGCUACUGGUUACCUCCCGCCAUCUUCCGCUCUUCCUGCUCCAUCAAUGUCAACUACUUCCCCUUCGACUGGCAGAACUGCACACUCAAAUUUGUCUCUCUGACCUACAAUGCCAAAGAAAUCAGGAUGCUUCUGAAGGAGGAGCAGGGGGAAGAUGAGAACACAUUCACAGUGGAGUGGAUCAUCAUUGACCCUGAGGGCUUUACCGAGAACGGCGAGUGGGAGAUCAUCCACCGUCCAGCCAAGAGAAACACCUACAAGCACAUUCCCAUGGAGAGCAACAAGCACCAGGACAUCACCUUCUACCUGGUCAUCAAACGCAAACCUCUCUUCUACAUCGUCAACAUCAUCAUCCCCUGUGUGCUCAUUUCCUUCCUGGCCUCGCUCGUCUACUACCUCCCCGCUGACAGUGGCGAGAAGAUGACUCUGUCCAUCUCGGUGCUGCUGGCUCAGUCUGUCUUCCUGCUGCUGAUCUCUCAAAGGCUGCCGGAGACUUCCAUGUCUGUUCCCCUGAUUGUCAAAUACUUGAUGUUCAUCAUGGUGUUGGUGACAGUGGUGGUGUUGAACUGUGUGGUCGUCCUUAACCUGCACUUCAGGACACCAAGCACUCAUGUCAUGUCUGAGUGGACCAAACAGUUCUUCCUCGAACGACUGCCCCGCAUCCUGCGUAUGUCCCGCCCCACUGAGGCGGAGCCAUACUGGGAUUCAGCGUUGCCACGGCGAUCCAGCUCAGUGGGUUACAUCGCCUCUGCGGAGGAGUAUUACAGCGUCAAGUCCCGCAGCGAUCUGAUGUUUGAGAGACAGUCGGUGAGACACGGACUGAUGACUCGAACCACACACGCAUCAAUUGUGAAGCCACAGGAUGAUGGAGGCGUGACAGAUCAGCUGUAUGGAGAGAUCAAGCCGGCUGUAGAUGGAGCAAACUACAUCAUCAAACACAUGCGCAAUAAGAACGACUACAACGAGGAGAAAGAUAACUGGAGUGGUAUUGCUCGUACUGUGGACCGUCUCUGUUUAUUCCUGGUUACCCCGGUGAUGACCAUUGGUACCAUCAUCAUCUUCCUCAUGGGCAUCUGCAACCACCCUCCACACCUGCCCUUCAAAGGAGACCCACACAACUACAGAGAGGAGAACCCACGCCUGCUGUAACACACACACACACACACACAUCACAAAGCUAUGUGUUAAUAUCAGUGUUUGAAUCCACAGCUUUAUUUCUUCUUAGUUGUUUUCGUUUGUCCCAGGGCUGUGCAUUUUUUCUAACUUAAAUUUGAAGUGAAAAACUAAAUCAGUAUAUUGUUUCCAUGAUUUUAUUCAUGUAGAUUGAAUAAAAAUAAAAACACA